GGCCAAGGCGACGCUUCAGCCCGUCGUUGUUGCCCAUAUCUAGGGCCGCUGCUGUCCUGUAGCGUAGUCCCCCUCUCCUCCCCAGCCCAACUAUGUUCGCCACUUACUACCCCCACUCUAUGCAGCCCGUCGGCACCCCCCUCGCUGACGCGACGUUCUCCAACUACGCCACAUCUGGGGAAGUGCAGAGUCAGCGCUUGACGAUCAAGGUCCCGUCUAAACAGAACCUGGUCGAGGCACGACCGAAGAUUGGGCUGCGGAAGUCAGCGUUUAGGCCUUCGCCGGAGCAGGGCAUGGGGGACGGUCCUGUACCAGCGAGGAGCGUCGAGCUGGAGAGCCCGCCGCCCGCACCCAAGACGGUCAGCGCGCCUGUGUCCCCAACGCGUGUAUAUGGCCGCCCUCGCCGUCCUGGAGCAUCUCCACGCCAUAGUCGACCAUCGGACGUUGCCUCUCCGAGUGGCGCAUCAGAAUUCCCGGCUGCGAGGCCUGUGGAAGUUUUCCAGAGUAUAACAUGUAUGCCGCAGUGUUUUGCAGCAAGCUUCGAGGAACUCCGCCUUGAGUGCUAUCGAGUCAGCUACGUUACGACGGGGCACGCACCCAUGCCUGUGACGUCCGAGUCAGCGCCCUGGGACACUAUUCCGCCUUUUUUCUCGCCGUUUUCUGAAGAGGUCAUGGAGCCUGCCGAUUUUGUAGUAGGACGAACCGACGUCCCGAUGCCCGAUGAGUCAACUGGUCCGUGGGCGUUCACAUUUGGUGUGCCGGGGACAAGCAAUACGCCGCUCUCGGACGAUACGAGUAUGGAAUACUAGCUGCGCCGGUGCGUGCGUUCUUUGAGUAGUGGUUGAUACCGGGUGUCGUGGCUGCGGCCCCUGCUGUAUC